AUGGGAAGCCUGCACGUGCAAAUGGCACCGGGCAGUGCAGACCGAAAUCGGCCUGCAGACGAGGAUUCGCCAAGUGGGAAUCAAGGAUCCAAGCGGAUGCGCUCCCACGUCGUGCGAGGUCAGAUACCACAGGACUUGGAAGAGCAGCUAACACAGCCAUUUACAGAGGAGGAGCGGCAUCGAAUUUUCGAGUCGGUCGGCCUGAACCAGGCCGAGCGAUUACCGGAAGGACGAUCUCCGAUAGCUCUAUGGCUCUUUGGACCUCCAGCCGCUGGCAAGACAUCUAUCAGUGACGAUUUCGAAGUCGAGUUCUUCGGACGAUCAGGCAAUGCCGUUUGCAUUGAUGGAAGCCACGUUCGCGAUGCGCACACAGGCUUCCAGCAAGUCCUACAGCACGGCAUUGAGAACGAAGUCAUCCAUGCAGAUGCCUGGACUAAGCUGAAGGCCACCAAGCACGUCGAGAGGCUGAAAGAAGAGAUAUUCGAAAUAGCUGUCCGGAAUCGUCAGAACGUAAAGAUCUGCGAUGCCUGUCAGAAGCCAGAUCGGGUGCGGAAAAUGCUUGCAUUGCUGGAAGGUGCGGACUUCGAGAUGCACGCGCUGUGCCUUUGGGUGCCAGAAGUGGCAACGCAAUCGCGAGGGCAGCACCGGUCAGUAGAGUCAAAGCGAGUUCUUUGUACCUCGUUAUACGCGAGUAGCUCGUCCGCGACAUUGGACUUUGCAAAGCACUGGGACGAACAGAUGAGGCAGGGGAACCCGCGCUACAAAAGCUUGGUGUUGCUGGACAACACACCGAGACCACCUUUACGUAUUUCCCUGGAAGAGUUCGAGGCUCGGACGAACUGGCCAUCAGCCGAAGCAGCGCAGCACUUCCAGCGGUUCCAGGCAAGCGCCAAGGAAGGAUGA